GGCGACAAGGCGUCGUUUCUAUGGGAACGUGAGGUAGACGACGACUGUGAUUCACUGGACCAUCUCAAGCUAGGACGAGAAGAAGAUACAUUGUCGAACGAGUCGAAAAUGGCGUAUGAAAUAAGUGGAAUGUUCGCUCAACAGCAACAUCAACAUCACAACAUCUGGUCCUCUGGCGGCGUACAAACAUAUGGAGGCUCAACAGGUUUAGUGCCAGCAAUGAGCAGCCUACUGGGCGGCAAUGCGUCGUAUAUGGCAAACCACAAUCAGUUAGAACUACAUACACCGAAAGCCGAAUCAAUACAAGGUUAUGGACAGCUCACUUGGCUAUCGGGCAAGGCUGGCCUUAUAACUUGCAAGAACAAGAUGGUCAUAUCGUUCCAGAUAAAGGACUUUUGCGAUCAGAUGCUCACGGAUCUCACAUCUGUGCUCCGUGUUGGCUUUACACUUUCAUUCCAAGCGUCACUCAAUGAAACCAACGAGUACACCGCCACACUAGUGCAUCCAUUAUAUGGGCCGGAAGCUGAGCAAGUGUUUCUCAAUGCACCUGAGGUAGAUUUGGAGAAGGCAUGUCCUACACCACCUAAUUCGAAGGACGCCUAUUCACCAGUGAUUGAAGCUAGAGCGGUUCCAGCUCUGUUGGCCAUCUUUCAGCGUCAUGCACUUACACAAAUUCAGCUUAGCAGCCUGCAUUCACAGAUGUCGAACUGCGCGGAUGACGAACUGUUUCGCUACGUCGGUACAUCAUCUCUAAAGCGCCGCCAAUUUGUCGAACGUCGUACUCACCUCUUCCGUCUCACACCAGAGGACAACAUUGCAUUACAGAACCCAGCAGUAUACCUGUGCGUUCUUCGUCUUGCAUCAUAUCUCUUACGUCGUGGUGGUGCAACUGCCAUUCAAAGCCUUUACGAUUAUUUCAUUGGACCAGAGAUGGCUCCUGAGAUACGCGAACAAAUUGGAGAAAGUCGUCAAGAGUUUCUGAAUCUCGUUGUUGGUCACCCAUGGAUUUUCGCGUUGUUCCCGAACCGUACUUACGUAUCUGUGCGCCGUAACUUGCCUCACUAUGACUAUCCCGGUUUUAUAAAGCAGCAUUUCCCCGAUUUGGACGUGCUGCGUCCAUCGUCUGCACGUGGAUACGGUCCUCGUCCAAUUGCACGCUCAAUGUCUGCUCAUCAGCCACUGGUCCAAGCACUUUCAAAUAAUCGCAGUGCAGCCGUUGGCGGAUCGCUGGUGCAGACUGGCGGUCGCCCUGUGUCUCUAUGGGACAGCAGGAACAGCAUGCCACAGACUAUUGGAUCCCUGCAUAGCCCAGCAGAACAGCAGUGGAGUCCUGUCGAUCCUAUGUUCUCGCCUGCAUGGCCAGCACGCUCGACAUCGAUGGGCGAACGCGGCGGCGUACUUGCCCCCGCACCACCGAAUGGCGGUGGGGGAGUAACAGGUGUUAUUGGGUCUGCGCCGGGCGCUGGUGGCACAAUCGGACAGAACAAGAUACUGGUGAAUGCAGCGGUCCAAACGGAUGCAAUUCGUGCCGAUUCCGGAACAUGCACAUGCGGCUGCACUUGUGGAGGACGUGGUGGUUUGUCACGUGCUAGCGGUGGUUCUGCCAGUCCGCCAAGUUUGGACAGUAUCAGUCCAUCAUUGAAUGACCGUAUUUCUCCACCAAUGAACACAAGUGGAGCUCCUAACGGUGGAGACAUUGUUGCCGAUCCUCCACCAACUAUGCGCGCUUAUGAUCUGUUCGGUACCACCGAAAUAUUUGCAGCACGUCUUGGUUCAAUGCGUAUCAAUUAG